GUGUCAUUUUUCAAAAUGUCAAUUGAUAAGCAGGAUACAUUGAUUAAGUUAUCCAUACUGGUCAUUGCUUGCAUACUAUCAUUCAGUGUCAGAUUGUUCUCAGUGCUUCGAUAUGAAAGUGUCAUUCACGAGUUUGAUCCUUACUUUAACUAUAGAACCACGAGGUUCUUGGCAGAGGAGGGCUUCUACAACUUCCAUAACUGGUUUGAUGAUAGAGCCUGGUACCCUCUGGGUAGGAUCAUUGGGGGUACAAUUUAUCCAGGCUUGAUGCUGACCUCUGCCCUCUUGCACAACAUCCUCAAUUUCUUACACAUCACUAUUCACAUUAGGGAUGUGUGUGUAUUUCUGGCCCCACUAUUUUCCUCUCUAACAGUCAUUGUUACCUACCACCUUACCAAAGAACUGAAGGAUGUCGGGGCCGGAUUGGUGGCUGCCUCUAUGAUUGCCAUCGUCCCGGGAUAUAUCUCUCGAUCUGUCGCUGGUUCUUAUGAUAAUGAAGGUAUUGCCAUAUUUUGUAUGCUGCUUACCUAUUUAUUCUGGAUCAAAUCUGUGAAAACCGGUUCAUUAUGUUGGUCUGUUAUGUGUGCUGUAGCUUAUUUCUACAUGGUUUCAUCAUGGGGUGGAUAUGUCUUCCUCAUCAACCUUAUACCAUUGCACGUGCUUGCAUUGAUGGCCACUGGAAGAUUCUCACACAGGAUUUAUGUCGCUUAUUCCACGGUUUACUGUGUUGGAACAAUCCUGUCCAUGCAAAUCCCAUUUGUAGGUUUUCAACCAGUUCAAUCCAGUGAACAUAUGGCUGCGUUAGGUGUGUUUGGCCUAUGUCAGAUCCACGCAUUCAUCGACUACGUUCGAUCCCGCCUAACUCGAGACCAGUUCAGUAUCCUGUUUAGGAGUCUGGUAAUCUUCACUGGCGUCGUGUCCGCCACUGCUUUUGGAAUCGCUACUGCUCUUGGGAAGAUUUCACCGUGGACUGGUCGUUUUUAUUCUCUGUUGGACCCCUCGUAUGCCAAGAACAACAUCCCAAUCAUCGCCUCCGUAUCUGAACAUCAGCCGACGUCCUGGAGUUCGUUCUAUUUUGAUCUUCAGAUCCUUGUCAUUCUCUUUCCCGCUGGUCUGUAUUUCUGCUUCAAGAAGUUGACAGAUGCAAACAUCUUCAUCAUACUCUACGGAAUUACCAGCAUCUAUUUUGCGGGAGUGAUGGUACGUCUAAUGCUCGUCUUGGCCCCAGUGAUGUGCAUAUUGUCUGGCAUAGCAGUGUCAUCAACUCUCAGUGAGUACAUGAAAAAUUUGGACUCUGUGCAGAAAAACAAGAAGGCUAAGAAACCUGAUGCAAACUAUCCUGUUAAAAACGAGGUAGCAACAGGUGUCGUGGCAAUGGUCACCAUCUUCUUGGUGAUGUACACUUUCCAUUGUUCAUGGGUGACUUCUGAGGCUUACUCGAGUCCUUCCAUCGUUCUGGCAGCCCGAGGUGGAGACGGGGGAAGAAUUAUUUUCGAUGAUUUCAGAGAGGCCUACUAUUGGCUCAGAUAUAAUACUCCUGAGGAUGCCAAGGUGAUGUCGUGGUGGGAUUAUGGUUACCAGAUCACUGCAAUGGCCAACAGAACGAUACUGGUUGAUAACAACACCUGGAACAAUACACAUAUCUCUAGAGUUGGACAGGCCAUGUCAUCAACCGAAGAAAAAGCAUACGAAAUUAUGAGGGAGCUUGAUGUCAGCUACGUACUUGUUAUUUUUGGAGGUCUCACUGGAUACUCAUCUGAUGAUAUCAACAAAUUUUUGUGGAUGGUUCGUAUCGGCGGCAGCACGGACAGAGGAGCCCACAUCAAAGAGACAGACUACUACACGCCCCAAGGAGAGUUCAGAGUAGACAAAGAGGGCUCGCCUACUCUCUUGAACUGUCUCAUGUACAAAAUGUGCUACUAUAGAUUCGGUUCUGUCUAUACUGAAUCAGGCAAGCCAACUGGAUAUGAUAGAGUACGAAAUGUCGAAAUUGGGAACAAGGAUUUUGAGCUCGACGUUCUUGAAGAGGCCUACACAACAGAGCACUGGCUAGUUCGCAUCUAUAAGGUCAAGGACCUUAGCAAUCGGGGCAACUAAUUAUAAUAAAUAAUUAGUGGCCAACUAAUAUUCAUUAAAGUUUUUGGGCUUGUGAUUGGCUGAAUUUCUGUUAAGAUGGGAGAGUUUCUGUCUAUUUUUGUUUUGUUCUGCUUGUUUGUUUUUUCUUUGGUUGUUUUGAUUAUGAAGAGUAAUUAUUAAAUUUGUUAGAUAACAGUUUACAUGUUAAAUAAUUAAUGUUAUUGUCUGUUUUUUUACAUUAUUAAGUUAUAUCUAUUAUUAUUAUUACGCCAACUUUUUUUUAUUAUUUGUAUGGAUUUUUUAAUUUUGAUUGAACUGUUGACUGACUGAUUGAUUGAGUGGACUGAACUGAAAUAUAGUGAUGUAUUUCUUUUUAAAACUAACAGCCAAUUUAUCUAUCUAGAUAUAUAUAUAUAUAUAUAUAUAUAUGUGGAUGUAUGUAUGUACGUACAUUUUUUUUAUUAGUCUGCAUGUUUGUUUGUAUUUACGCUAAGUUUAAUUUUAUUCUACUAAGGUUUUAUGAUUAUUCUGUUUUGAUUAUUGUUAUUAUUAUUAUAAUUAUUAUUGUUAACGAAAUAAUUACUCAUAAUUAUAAAUAAUAUUUAUUGAUUUUUUUAAUGAACGUAUUUGUUAUUUUUAAGAAAUAAAAUAAUUAAAUACUAAAAAAUAAAUUUUUGUGUACUUUUUAAAUUCAUUCUAAAGAAUUUUAAAGUUUAAUAAUAAUAAUAAAAUAAUUAAUAUAUAUAUUGUAGAUUAAUUACACCGUAAUUAUUUAAUUCGAAUUAUGGUUUAUAAAUCUUUGUUAGCAUGACGCUAAUUCUACAAAAACAAAAGAAAUUUUGA